UAGAAAAUAAAUAUCAUGACAUUUGCCAUAUGACAUAAAAUAAAUAAAAAUAGAUGUCAAUUAUAAUUUAUUGAGUACUUUCUACGGGGGCAGAUAUUGUUUUGAGUCCUUAAAAGGCACUGAAGUAUUUAUCUGCAUGAUACAGGUAUUAUAAUCCUUCCCAUUUUCCAGAGGAAAAGACUGAGGCACAGAGAGAUUCUGGAAAGCCAAGAUUUGACCCAGGUGUUUUGGAUUUAGAGCCCAUACUGCCUUUUGUGAAAUAUAUAUAUGAUGCAUGAUAGAGACACUUUAACACAUCAUUCAAAGAUUAAUUCCAAAACAUAAAAAAGCCAUUUCCGAAACCACUGUAUUUCUCAAAGGCAGUAAGUACUGCCAGAUUAAAACACAGCUGAGCCACAAAGUAAGUGAUAACAUUUUCCUCUUCUUAAAAAAGAAAGAAAAGGAAGUGUUAAAUUAUGUUUAGUAUCCGUUCACAAAUAAUGAUGUGGUUUUUCUGUUCAGUAUUUUUAAGGUUCGAUGUCCCUCCUUCGGAACUGUUCGGAAUAACCGGUUUUGCAGCAGGCUGUGUGCAUCUGGGUCAGGGAACGAUUCUGGUCCCAACUAAAAAGGAUCGCACAUCCUCACAGCAAAAUACACUGGCUUAAUUGUUCGGGUUUUGAGAAUCUUGUACCUGCAGUGAAAAAAGUGCUACCCUAAGCGUUUGUUACUUGCUUCUCUGCUGCACAGAAACGGCUAAAAUUUUGACCAAGAGCCAUUAUAAUUAAGCACCAGGAUUUCCUAGGCGGACAAAGCUGACGGUGACGCCAUGGCCUUGGCGGGCCUCCAGCUCCUGGCUUUGGUCCUGGGCUUAUGUGGGGUCUCGGGAGUGCUCGUGGCCACCGUGCUGCCCAACUGGAAGGUGAAUGUGGAUGUGGGCUCCAACAUCAUCACAGCCGUCGCGCAGGUGCAAGGGCUGUGGAUGGACUGCGUGUGGGACAGCACCGGGAUGUUCAGCUGCACCCUGAAGUACUCCUUGCUGGCCCUCCCCACCCACGUGCAGGUCGCGCGGGCCGCCAUGGUGCUGGCCUGUGUUCUGUCUGCCUUGGGGAUCUGCAUUGCCACAAUGGGGAUGAAAUGCAUUCGCUUAGGAUGGGACAAAGACACCAAGACUCAGGCUUCUUUUGGUGGAGGAGUCUGCCUCAUGUCUGCAGGGAUCUCUGGUUUAAUACCGACGGUCUGGUACACAAAGGAGAGCAUAGCCAACUUUCAGGAUCUGACAAUUCCAGAAAGUAACAAACACGAACCCGGAGGAGCCAUCUACAUCGGAUUCAUUUCGGCCAUGCUGCUGUUUAUCUCUGGCAUGAUUUUCUGCACUUCCUGCAUAAAAAAGAGUCCAGAAGCUUGGUUCUACCCACCCAAGCAGAAACACAUCUCUACCGCAAAGCUGGAGGGCAAUUCUGCAUACAACAUGAAAGAUUAUGUAUAAAUAACUGUGUAACACGUAUGGAAUUUUUAGGUGCCCGCUGUGACUUCUGUCUUUAUUUUAGAUGAAAAAGAUACCAGAAUUGUGCUUAACUUUCUCUACAAAGAUUUAAAUACUUAAAAAUGACAAGGUCAUUUAAAAUGCCAACAAACUAUCAUGUAACAAUUACAUCUGUUUUAAGGUCAUUCCUCCAUCACUGUUUUCAUGUUUUAUGUAAAGCUUCAUAAUUGAAAGCAGCUCUGAUUGUAUUAAUAAGGUAAUUAAUUGAUGGCUUUUUUUCCUUCCUUUUUAAAAUAACCCGUUGAUACACCUUCUGAAUUGGUAAUUAACUGAAUUUUAUAAAAGAAUUAAACUGCCAAGUGUUAAGAAUUAAACCUUGCCCUGGUGUUAGCAAGGGAUCAGCUGCUUUUGCGAUCUGUAUGACACCAUCACACACAGUAACUGGCUUCUGUUUUCUACCUCUCUGCCUGACAGCUUGUUAGGAACAGAAGAGCUGUCCACUUUUUCAGAUGUCACCCAAACUGGCCACCCCAAGUCCCCACCUACUGUGACCGUCCUAUCCCUUUGAUCAUGUUAGAAAAAUAUCUACAUGAAUUUGUGAGAGCAGACAAUAUUAUAUAUAAAGAUUAUGCAGAACUAAAGGAAAGAAACUGGUAAAUGCUACCACAGCAGAGCAAAGCCAAACCAAACCCAAACUCAGAUCUCUAGGACUUUUAAAGCAUGAAGUCCAAGCUAAGUGAUAACAAUAAAAGUUUGUUUGUUUGAAUAUGCUGAAGAAAUGGCCUCUUCUGCCAGCAAGAGGAUUGUCCAGAUUAAGUCACUUUUCCCACUAUUUAGAUUUACCCCAUCUCAUUUAAUCUCUCUGAUUAGUUUUUAGAUGAAAAAGUUUACUAUUCGGUUGUCAUUUUAUUCUCAAGUUUGAUUCACAUUAACAAAAAUAAUAAAAAAAAAUAACACUGCUGUUUUCUUAUAAAUGAGCUGCUUCAACUAGUUAAUGGAGGUGAAAGUAAUUUUUAAAGUAUAAAGAAUGCUUUUAAAAA